AUGACCCGAUACAAAAAGGAAUCAAACCCCGGAUCCGCAGAUUAUGGUUUCGGUGUCAGGCAUUUGCAAGCAAUAUGCAUGUGUUUAUGUGUGAUAGCGUUAUACAUAGCGCGAGGCAGCAUGGCCGUGGCAGUUCUAGCCAUGACCAACGUUACUCGGAAAAAUGACACGCGAGUUACGAUAUAUGACUGGGAUAAGAAAACACAGGGCUUAAUCCUCUCGUCAUUUUUUUGGGGGUACAUUGUGAUGCAAAUCCCAGGGGGCCUGUUUGCUAAAAGAUUUGGAGGAAAGCCCAUUUUACUUGUAGCAUUAUUGACAAAUGGUAUCGUUUGCGGCCUGCUUCCUUCGUUAGCCGAUUUGGGUGGAUGGCAAAUUGUGUGUGCUUGUCGAGUACUGAUGGGUCUCUCGCAAGCAUGUUUGUUGCCAUCCACUCAUACGCUGCUUGGACGAUGGAUACCGUCGCAUGAGCGAACAACUAUAACGGGAAUUGUUUACGGAGGUACUCAAAUAGGCACAAUAAUAGCGAUGCCAAUGUCAGGGCUUCUAGCAGACACGGCUGUAGGAUGGAAGCUCAUAUUCUAUUCAAUGUCGGGAUUGAUGUUCACAACGAGCGCUGUGUGGUACUACUUCUCAGCGAGUACACCAAGAGAGCAUCGAUUUAUUACUGAAACUGAAAAAGAGUAUAUCGAAAGAGGUUCCAAUACUUCUGAUGGAAAGGUACCAAGCAUACCAUGGCGAUAUAUUUUAAAAUCAAAAGGGCUUUGGGCAGUAGCUUCAUCACAUUUCGGAUGUAUGUGCAGUUACGUACUCUUCUUCGUUGACAUGCCUACAUAUUUAGAAAAAGGCUUACAUAUAUCUUUAAAAAAUAGUGCUUCACUAUCAGCUCUACCAUACAUUGGUAUGUUUAUUGGAAAUAUAAUAUCGUCCAUCGCAUCGGAGAAAAUCUCCAACCGAGGAUUACUCUCUGUUGGGACUUGUAGGAAACUUUUUAAUUCUAUAGCAUAUUUCGGUAUGGCGAUUGGUCUGGUUGCCUUGUCCUUCAUUGGGUAA